AUGGUGGUUGUGCCGCACGCCGCUGAGGAGGUCUACGUGACUGGCACCUUUGACGGCUGGUCCAAGAGUGAACAGCUCGAUAAGGUUGGCGACCAUUUUGAAAAGACAGUCAUGCUUCCCGAUUUCGAAGAGAAGGUCUACUACAAGUUUGUUGUGGACGGACGCUGGACCACCGAUCACACCGCACCACAAGAAAAAGACCACGAAGGAAACGAAAACAACGUUUUGCUACCCCAGAACCUCAUCAGAACCACAGACACAUCAACACAAGAACCCGAGCAACAAGCCAUGUCGAAUGAGAACCGCAAGGCAGAAGGGAGCAGCAAUACAGGAGAGCCCAGCUUUGCAGAGACCAUCAUGAGCGCACUCAACACUGUAACUCCUGAUACGACUGCGCAGUCUGUCAGCAACCCUCUAGAGAACAAGAAGAACCACGGCCCUCCAGGUGGCUGGGUUGAGACCCCUGCGGCCGACGGCGACAAGACCUUCAGCGUGAGCCCUCUUCCUGCCACAGAUGGCGCGCUCAACCCCAUCGACCUCAAGCCCGGCGAGAAGAUCCCUGAUAGCGUCUCGACCCAAAAUGUCGAAACCCACGUUACUCUAGAUAAAGAGUCAUACGAAAAGAGCGACCGUAUUCCUGGCGUCGAUUUCAGCACAUCACCUGUUGCUACCCCUAUCGUUGCCACUGGCGCGCAGACCGACUUCAAGGUCGACCCUCUUCCUGCAACUGAGGGUGCUCUCAACCCCUUCAAGCUCGCGCCCGGCGAGAAGAUUCCCGAUGACGUCAGGGCUGCAGACAUCAACACCAAUGUUACACUUGAUAAGGAAUCAUACGAGAACAGCGCCGAUCGGAUUCCCGGCCUCGACGCCGCAUUGCCUCCGAUUUCCAAGAACAUGAUCCCCGAAUCCAGUCUUCCCAUCACUAGCAACAGCGAUGUCUUCAUCAACACCGUCACUCCCGUCUCAACCACUGCUGCCUUGGCUGCCCAGGUUCCCUUGGACGACUUCACGGUUCCCGAGGCUGUUAAGCAAAGUCAGGAGAAGGCCCACGUGGAGCCCGGCGCAAGUGGUAUAGCCAAGGAGGUAAAGGGCAAGGCCGCCGUUGAGGAUGAGCUAAUGCACAAGGUUUCCAAGGCCCCCUCCACCUCCGAGGGCACUGCUGGACAUGGCACUGAAAAGGCUGAGACUGACUUGUCCCUUGCUGAUGCCGUUGCAUUCGCCGGUAAUGCCGCCGCUGCUGCUGUUGUCGGCGCUGCCACUGUCGCCGCCGACAAGCUCCCCGGUGUGCUCGAGAGCACCGCAAACGCCGCGGUAAAUGUUGGUAACAAGAUCCCUGGUGCCGUUCAAAGCGCCAGCGAAGCUCUUGGUACCACCGCGAAUACCGCCAAAGACACCACCAGUGAUGUGCUUGGCAGUGCUGCCAAUGUUGCUGCUAGUGCCGGUACCCAGGUGCAGGAAACCGCCGCCAACACUGCUAGCUCAGUCCAGCAGACUGCCGCUGACGCUACAUCGACUGUUGCAAGCAGCCUCCCGAGUGUGCCAGACGUCACUGGCCACUUACCACAGGCGGUCCAGAAUAUUCUCCCUACAUCGCUUCAACCGGCGUCCCAAAACGGUCAGGCUCUUCCUACUUCUGCCGAGGUCGAGAGGUCCCUCGCGGCAGAGAAGGCAUCACGCGUUGAGGGCAUUUCUGCGGCCGUUCCUAUUGAGGUCAAGGAUUCCAUUGAGAAGGCUGGCGAGUCACCUGAAGCUACUACCAAUGCCGCCGCAGUCUUGGAGAAGCAGGCCGUUGAGGCCGAGCUGCUGAGAGAGGUGAAGCCCACACGGGCCGAGCCCCCUGCCGUAGCCGUGUCGGUUCCAUCAGAAGUCAGGGAUUCCCUACAGCAAGCUGAUGAGUCUCCCGAGGCUGCUGCUUAUCCUGCCGCUGUUGAAGAGAAGAAGGCCGUUGAGAAUGAGCUGCUGAAGACUGUGAAGCCCACGGAGUCCAUCCCGCUAGCCUUUGCCUCGGCGGUUCCAGGAACCGUCAAGGAUUCCAUCACAGAGGCCGGUAAGGCUCCCGAAGCCGCAGCCAAUGCCGACGUUGUAGCGGAGAAGACUGCAGUUGAGGCCCAACUUUUACAGGAAGUCAAGCCCGUCGAGGUAGUGGCCGACAAGAAGGCUGUUGAGGCUGAACUCCUACACGAGGUCAAGCCCACUGAGCCUGUUGGUGAGUCGUCCACAAAGGCAACAACCAAUGGCACGGCAGCCAAUGGUUCAACAGCCGCUGCUUCCAAGCCCGCUGAGACACCGGUCACUCCAACAAUGCCGACAACUACGGAGGGGUUCCCGCCGGCUGCCAAUGGCAAUGGCAAGGUGACUGAGCAGCCUACUGUUACCACUGGCCCUGAGACCACAACCACGACCACGCUCUCUACCUCUACCACCCCAGAGAGAAAGAAGAAGAACCGAGUCAGUGGUUUCUUCAGUAAGCUCAAGCACAAGUUCGCUUAG